UAAUUUUGUCCACAAGCGAACAGUUAACAAAAUCUAAAUACCAUUGGCAUUUACAGGUUGAACAUUGAUGUUUUCUACUGACUUGCUCGGAGGGUGUCUAAGGUCGUUAGCAACUUAGCUAGCAUGCAAAUAUAGCUGCUGCUACACUCAAAACAUGACCUUAAGAACCGGAAGUUAUUACUUUCUUUUGUGCCAGCUCGAAGCUGCAGAGAGCUGCUGCAACAACGACACCAGAGAAGAAGGGAGCAGGCCAGCAGACUGACGGACAGCGAUGGGGAAGAAAAGUCGUCUCACAGGAGGAGCGGUCGGCCGGAGAACGAUCCUGCAGCUUUCACCCCCCGGGCUCCGCGGUGGGAAUGCCGGAGAGAGGGAAGAAGCGCCGUCGGGAUCCGAUGAUGAACAGGAGGGUGAUGGACACAGAUUCGUGAGGGAAAUACGCACAAACAUGAAGGCUCCUGCAUUAAAGGCCACAGAGGGUCUGUCCUUGCUUGGAGCCUAUGAGGAUAGUGAUGAUGAGGAUGCUGCAGACUCUCAGCAUUCAACUGCAAAUUCUCAACACGCCCAGUCAGCUGACAUCGACAGUACAUUGGCCAAUUUCAUGGCUGAGAUUGAUGCAAUCACCACUCAGCCCAGCUCAGAUGAUGCAGCAUCCCAUUCUUCAGUCCCAACUAUUGCCCCUCCCAGACCUGAUGUUAAUACUCAGCAGCCAGCGUCCGGUGAAGAGCAAAAUCCACAAAGCACAGAGUUUGAGUACAAUACUCAGUACUCACUAGCUGGAGUCGGUGUAGAGAUGGGAGACUGGCAGGAGGUAUGGGAUGACAACUCGGGCUGCUACUACUACUGGAACACUCUAACUAACGAGGUGUCCUGGGAGCUGCCACACUAUCUGGCUGAUCAGGUGCAAAGCCUAGAGCAGUAUACCAACAGCUCUAAUGUCAAUGGCAAUAGCACAGUGCAUGCAGGUUAUCACACUGAGGAAAGCCCUACACCUGCUGCAGCCCCUACAUCAGUGAAAGAUACCAAAGUGAAGGAGGUAAUAGAGAGCGUUGUAGGCCUGACAAGUGAAGAGGAGGAGCACCGCGGAGUGGCUGCGUCUCUGCUGGGCCCUUUGAUCCCCUCUGAAGUGAAAGAAGCAGAAGAAAAAUGGAGGAAAAGACUGCUUAAAUGUUUGGAUGACACUGAGAACAGUUUGGAUUCUGAUGGAGAAGCUGUUCGCCCUGCAGGUUCCCCGUCUACACCUCUGCGGGACCCUGACUCAGUCCCCACUGUCCAAAAAGAUCUUUGCCCCAAGAGGCAGUUGGGAGACAACUCUGAUGCUGAGGAAGAGACAGAAGAGGACACAAUGGAACUGGAACUGGCUCUGGAGAGGAAGAAGGCUGAGCUCCGGGCGCUGGAGGAUGGUGAUGGGAGCGCAGGGGGCUCUAGUCCUUGUUCUGAGACAAGUCAAGAAGCCUCUGGUUCUCGUGGCGUUCCACUGAAGAAAAACCGGUGGAAGACCGCCUUCCCAUGUGCUGCCAGCCCCGACACUAACAGCAGAGGCUCAGACCCACAGGACAGCACAGAGACCGGACUUUCUAAAGUCCUAGAGAGUGUUGUUGAAGGAGAAGACAAGGGAACGGACAGUUCGGAGGAGAAAACGGUUUCAAAACCUGCGGUUAAAGAAGAGGGCGAAAUGCCUGAACUCAAAGUGGAAACGCCUGAGCUCAAGAUUGGAGAACUGGCUAACACCUUAACCAGCAAGAUGGAGUUCCUGGGGAUAAACAAAAAGGCAAUCUCAAACUUUCAGUUGCUGCUGCUACAAACUGAGACUCGGAUUGCUGACUGGAGGGAGGGCGCUCUGAAUGGGGUCUAUCUUCGCCGCAGGCUGCAGGAAGCUGCCGAACACAUAAAAUAUUACGAACUUAACGCCGCCCCUAAAGGCUGGUCCUGCCACUGGGACAGAGAGCACAGGCGAUAUUUCUAUGUGAACGACCGGACCAGUGCCUCCCAGUGGGAUUUCCCAACAGAGGAGGACAAGGAUGAGGACCUUAAGGGCAGCCAAGCUACCCAGACACCAGACACCAAAACAUCAUCUGUAUCUGCUGGUGGGGUCACAGAACCUUCUACCUAUCCCCCUGCUGCCCCACCGGUGCCUCCUCAGCCCAGUGGAUCAUCCUUCUGGUCCCCAUCUCAACCUCCUCUUCCUGACAGCCCACCUCCACCUUCAAACUAUCCCCCGCCCCCGCCUCUCCCCCCGGGCUCACCACCUCCACCUCCUCCCCCUCCUGACAGCGAUGGAGAGAUCAUGGAGGUGGAGAUGGAGAUGGAUGAUGAUAAUGAUGGGGAGCCUCCAGCCCCUGGAACUGAGGAAGACGGCAGCGGGAGGCCUCCUUUACCUCCAGGCACUGCUACCAUGAAGAUUGUGGAGUCUUCGGGUUCCUUGGGGAAGGGUCAGAAACGUAAAAUCAGUCAACUGAAUAAAGCCAUUACUAUUGGCAGCAGUCCCAUUCUCUACACCCAACCUGCUGCCAGCGCAGGUUUCUCUUUGUUUGCAGCUCCUCUAAUGUCAGCAACUGCCUACUGGGGCGUGCCGGCUGUCACUGCCCCUUUGGUCCCUUGUGAACCUCCCCUCCCACCUGUCCCAGCCCUACCUCCUCAACCACCACUGCCACCAUCCCAGCCGCCCUUCGAAGCUCCUGUAGCCAAAGCACUGGCCACAGACAAGACCAAAAAAGCGAAAAAGGAUAAGGUUAGUACGGGAGUUAACAUUUUCCAUCACAAAUCUCAAAGGAGUUCAGUAGACAUGUUAGAAGUUUAAGUAUCUUAUUUUUUC